AUUAUUUUAAAAAGUACUUAUACAAGUAAUUUAAUAAAAAUGCACAAAUACAUUUUAUAUUUGAAGCUGGUAAACUCGAAACAAUAAGAAAUAACUGUAGAUCAAUAAAUGUUUUAAAACUGAUUCUCAGAAACGGAAUCAGAUCGGAUUGUGAGGUGCCUAAAAAUUCCCACACCCAAACAUCACCCAUCCUGCUCUCUAAAUAUCAAUAUUGGUCAUUGAAAACCACAUUGGUUGACCACAAAUUUAGUUAUUUAAGAAACAUCUUUCAGUUGCAGCAUAAAGUUCAGUGAAGCGUAGAUGGGUAAUCACCUGUAUAAUUCGAGGCCAACAUGAAGAGUUUCCACCUUAUUUGAGAGGAAAAUAUUCAAGUACUGUCUGACUUGCCAGUAUUAUUAUUCAAAAAGCACCUUGUGUGUGUCUGUGCGGCUUGUCAUCUCGAUAUAUUUCUGAAUAAGAAACAGACUUCCAGCUGUACAAAGUACACAGGGGACUGGGAGAGGUAGUUUUGUGUUUGUGCGUGCAUGCGCGCGUGUGUGUGUGUGUGUGUGUGCGUGUGCGUGUGCGUGUGUGUGUCAGCAGGGGUUCAACAGCUGCAGGCAAGGGCCUCUCAAACCACAGAGCCCGGAACCCUCCCACUGAUAGUUUCCAUGGAGAUGGUGCAAAACCUAAACAACAUAAUUUCCUUCCCUCUGGAGAAUGUGUUGAAGACAGAGCUGAGAGACAGCAGGCUGGAGCUGAAAAAACAGAUGGAGAAAAGCUGGAAGGAUUAUGAUGCAAAACUGGGCAAGAUGGAGAGAGAAAAGAGGGAGAAACAAAAACAGUAUGGGCUGAUCCCGUUGGAAUCGACAGACACCGUGGAGGACAUGGAAAGAGAAAGAAGGAACUUCCAGCUACAGAUGUGUGAGUAUUUACUGAAGAUUCAGGAGCUGAAAGUUCGUCAGGGUCCUGAUCUGCUGCAGAGCCUGAUCAAGUACUUUCAAGCCCAAAUUAAUUUUUUCCAGGAUGGACUGAAGGCUGCAGAGAAUCUUGGUCCAUUUGUGGAGAAGUUAGCAGCCUCCGUACAUACGGUUCGUCAUGAGCAGGACGAAGAAGUAAAGCAGCUCUCUCAAUUGCGCGACUCACUUAGAACACAAUUACAGGUGGAUGGCAAAGAGGAUUUUCUAAAUAGGAAGAACUCUGGGCAUGGAUAUAGCAUCCACCAGCCUCAAGGCAAUAAGAAAUAUGGCACAGAGAAAUCUGGAUUCCUUCUUAAGAAGAGCGAUGGGAUCAGAAAGGUUUGGCAGAAGAGGAAGUGUGGGGUUAAAUAUGGCUGCCUCACCAUUUCUCACAGCACGAUCAAUAGACCACCCGCAAAGCUCAACCUCCUGACAUGUCAGGUGCGACCCAACCCUGAGGAAAAAAGAACGUUUGAUUUAGUUACACACAAUCGUACAUACCAUUUCCAGGCUGAAGACGAGCAAGAAUGCAUGAUAUGGGUGUCUGUGCUGCAGAACAGUAAGGAGGAGGCCUUGAACACGGCUCUAGGUGGAGAUCAGCUCCAGUUUCAGGACAGCGGUCUGCAGGAACUCGUCCGAGCGGUCAUCUCAUGCCUGAGAAACCUGCCCGGCAAUGAGGGCUGCUGCGACUGCGGAGCCCCAGAUCCCACCUGGCUCUCCACUAACCUGGGCAUCCUCACCUGUAUCGAGUGUUCGGGAAUCCAUCGUGAGCUCGGAGUACAUCACUCACGAAUUCAGUCUCUCACUCUCGACGUGCUGAGCACCUCUGAGCUCCUGUUGGCAGUGAGUAUUGGAAAUGCCAAGUUUAAUGACAUCAUGGAAGUCAACCUACCCAAUGAUGCAAUCAAGCCCCUCCCAAAAAGUGACAUGACUGCGAGGAAGGAGUACAUUGUAGCGAAGUACGCAGAGCGCCGCUACGUCCUCCCAAAAGAACACUCUGAAGUGUACCAUGUGUAUGACACUGUGAGGAGCAAAGACCUCACAUCACUGCUGCAGCUCUAUGCAGAGGGAGAGGACCUGUCUAAACCAGUGGCCACACCUGACGGACAGGACUUGAAGGAGACUGGUCUUCACUUAGCUGUGCACAUGUCUGAGAAGACUUCUCUGGCUCUAGUGGAUUUUCUAGCUCAGAACUGUGGCUGUCUGGAAAAGAAGACGGCAGAAGGAAACACAGCUCUUCAUUACUGUACAUUAUAUAACAAAACUGAGUGUUUGAAACUUCUCCUCAAAGCAAAGGCUGCUUUGCACACAGUGAACUCAGCAGGUGAGACGGCUCUUGACAUUGCCAAGAGACUGCAGCACAUGCAGUGUAUCGAACUGCUGGAAUUGGCCCACAAUGGGAAGUUUAACUCUCAGAUCCAUGUUGAAUACCCAUGGGAGACACCACAGGACAUGUAUGACAGUGAAGAUGAUCUGGACGAAAGGGCGAGUCCCCAUCCUAAGGGCUCACGGUCUCCGCUGCCUCCUACUGGCAGUAAUGGGCACUGCUCGUCUGCAUGGAAUUUAAAUAAAAGCAGUCCAGCCCGGACCUAUGAGAACAUUGACUUCCUAUAUGAAAAUCCACCCAACAACAGCGCCCCCACUGGUGGCUCCAUGCCACCUCCCCUGCCAGCUAAAGCAAUACAGAGAGGUCGUUCAGAUCCUCAGAUCUCGGUUUCCAUUCCAGAGACUCACUCCCCCUACCGCCAGAGUUCCCACCCCACAGGCUGCUUUCAGAGAAUCAGCACCCCGUCCCCUGUGACCGAGUCCUCUGGACUGACAUCAGCACGCUCUCACACCAUUGGACCGUCAAAGGGACCGAGACAGACGGUGUUCUGGGAGGGACCUUUCUCGGGGGCAGAGGGCAAAAAUUACUCCACCUCACCACAGUGUCAGAGAGGACCCGUCAGCUCAGAGAAGACGACCUCGUAUCGCCGCACGAGCAGCGGGAGUCAAGGGAAGAGUUCGGCUCCAUCUCCUGGGUGUGCAGGCAGUCAGGAGGAACUCUACUGCAGUCCAGUGGGCGGAGCUCCCAACCCAUCACCUCCACCAGCUAAUGCUAACAACAGCGCCACAGUGCCAGUCAUACUGCCGCCACCUCGCUCACGCAAAAACGCCAUGAUCUCAUUAAGGGAGAGACCCAAGAAGGUCAGAGCGUUGGUUGACUGCAGAUCAGUUGGUGCCAAUCAGCUGGCUUUCUUUAAGAACGAAGUCAUCAUAGUGACAGCAACUGAUGACCCACACUGGUGGGUGGGCCAUAUAGAGGGAGAACCUUCUAGAAGUGGCUCCUUUCCAGUCAACUAUGUACAUAAAUUAGGAGAAUGAGGUGAACCUCCAUGAACACUCACAUUACACCAUGUGGAACUAGUCUAGACUGUUGCUUUUAUCUUCAGAAGCGCUAGACCAAGAAACUGUGGAGGCCUGAAAUGCACUUAGAAGAUGAAAGACUGGAGAACGGCAUUAGUGUGAAGCGCUGUAAGAUGAUCCACUGAUCAUUUCAGUGCUGCUCAUAACGUAUCUGAGCUGUUUAUCUGGACUGAAGGUUUGGCAGGUACGUCAUGACUCACGAAUGAAUGGCAGAAAAGGGAUGAAAGCCAUCCAGCUUUUGAAACUCCUCUUGGGUUUAGUUGUUUAAACUAACGACAGGACUUGUUCUUAUUGAUAUUGAGGCAUUGAACGUGUUCUUGGCGUUUGAGGUCUCGAAGAGAUUGUCGGCCAGACUCGGAGGCACUGGGCUCGUUUGCUGAAGCUCAUCCUGUGGUUGGUGCUCUCUGGAUAUUAAUUUAUACCAUCAGGCAUUAUGACAUGCCAUUAGUUCUGGCCAGACACCAGGUCCACCAGACAGCGAGUUAAAGGAUGAUGUAUUUGGUUUCAUCUGUCUCCUCUGCACCGGCGUCUCCUAUUGCUGCUGAUUCCCGGACAUCCAGCCCUGCACUG